AUGAUAGAAGCACCCUUGGCACCGAAGCAAGCUUAUGACGGGCUUCCAACUAAAAAGAAGGAAGUAACGAAAGAUGAGACGAUACUGUUGGUGAAACGCGUUAGUGCAAUGGAGUUCAUAGUGGCUGCAUCGGUCAACACUACUUAUAAAUCUGAUGUUGAUUUCAGUGAUUUCCCUUAAAAUAAAUUAUCAGAAACAACACGACUCACACAUGUUCGUUUUACGAUUUUUUUAUGACCAUAUUCGAAAUUAGCACGCAAAGUUGUCUAAACUGGCCGACAAACGCUGCCUUCAUCUAACUACGCAUUCCA